UGCAGGUGCCUGAUAACUCUGUGAUGGCCCUGGUCCCCAAGCAGGUGACGGCCUACAACUCGGUCAACAACUCAACUGUGUCCAGAACCUCAGCCAGUAAAUACGAGAACAUGAUCAAGUACACGGGGAGCCCCGACAGCCUGCGCUCGCGCACGCCCAUGAUCACGCCCGACCUGGAGAGCGGGGUCAAGGUGUGGCACCUGGUGAAGAACCACGAACACGGGGACCAGAAGGAGGGAGACCGCGGCUCCAAGAUGGUCUCUGAGAUMUACCUGACCAGGCUGCUGGCCACCAAGGUCAGUUAUCACACCAACGCACACACACACCUAGACUAG